UGGUGCUGUGAGUUUUAAUGGUCAAAGCGACGUACACCACUCCGCUGAAGAACAUCCCACAUACUCAUCAACAACAAUGGCAAACCGUAGUCUGUUUUGGUAACACUUUUUUUUUUUUAUAGGAGCAACAAGGUUUGAAACUGUGUGUGUUCACACCUGAUAUAACCCCUAAAUUACCGCGCUAUUUUUAAAGACGCGUAUGUUCGUUUGUGGCUACAUUUUCGUUAUACAUUUUUCCUGAAAAUGUGCGAGGCGCUCACACAGGCUGUGCAUGUGUGUCCCUGCUGCCUUUCUGCUGGGCUACUGCUGCUAACCUAGCUGCUUCUUUUUACACGGUGGUUAGCCUCCGUUAGCCUGGCCGCGUUUAUUAACUAGUAGAAGAAACAAAAGAUACAGACGAAUGUAAAGCUUGUUCGUGCUAUUUGAUUUGCGAAAACAACCCCAAACUAAUCGCCUAUUGUCGCUGUCGGGUAAGGGAAUAAGUGUUGUAUGAUUUAUCGUGGAAAACACUUUGCUGGCUAGCUAAUAGGCUAGCUAUUUGAUUGUGUUCGUCGACUGAGGAAAACGGCGAGUUUUCUUUGAAAGUAUGGAUGAUCAGACUAGGAUGCUGACGGGUCUCACCGGACUCGGUGGACUAUCACAGCCCGAUGUCGGUGAUCCGGACUCGGUCCGGAAACAACAGUCCCUCGGUCAGCCGCAACAAGACAUUGGAGAUAUUCUACAGCAAAUAAUGGCCAUCACCGACGAAAGCCUGGACGAAGCACAGGCCAGAUCCUGGCCAGAGGAAUCGCCAGCGCAUUGGGGUGGAUCAGACGACCCCACAGAGGGAGGGAGAGCAGGGGGGGGCAUGGCAGGGGGUGGCCUGCCACUCAACUUCCAGCACAGGAAGCAUGCCCUGAACUGUCACAGAAUGAAACCAGCACUCUUCAGCGUUCUUUGCGAGAUCAAAGAAAAGACAGUUCUGAGUAUACGAGGUGUACAGGAAGAAGACCCCCCAGACCCCCAAAUCAUGCGGCUGGACAACAUGUUGCUUGCAGAGGGCGUGUCAGGACCAGAGAAAGGCGGGGGAUCGGCUGCAGCCGCUGCGGCUGCAGCCGCGGCGGGGGGCUCGCCCACCGACAGCAGCAUCGAACACUCUGACUACAGAGCCAAACUUGCCCAGAUCCGUCAGAUAUAUCAUUCUGAGCUGGAGAAAUAUGAACAGGCCUGCAGUGAAUUCACCAACCAUGUAAUGAACCUGCUGAGGGAGCAGUCUCGCACACGGCCCAUCUCUCCCAAGGAGAUUGAACGCAUGGUGGCCAUAAUCCACCGUAAAUUUAGCUCCAUCCAGAUGCAGCUCAAACAGAGCACCUGCGAGGCGGUCAUGAUUUUGCGCUCGCGCUUCCUUGAUGCCAGACGUAAGAGGCGCAACUUCAACAAGCAAGCUACAGAAGUACUGAACGAGUAUUUCUACUCCCACUUGUCUAACCCCUACCCCAGCGAGGAAGCAAAGGAGGAACUGGCCAAAAAGUGUGGGAUCACUGUGUCUCAGGUCUCUAAUUGGUUUGGCAACAAGAGAAUACGCUACAAGAAGAACAUCGGUAAGUUCCAGGAAGAAGCUAAUCUGUACGCGGUUAAAACGGCGGUGGAUGCUGCGAAUGUGUCAGCGCAAGCCAGUCAGGCUAACUCUCCAGCAACACCCAACUCAGGUGAUACCUACCUUGGCCAACGUUCCCUCAAUGGUGAGGGUCUCAACUUUACCCCCUCUCUACAGCUGCAGGUGGAUACCCUGCACCGUGCUACACACCUGACGGGCGGCUAUGAGGAGUUGUCAAGCAGCGGCCUCUUCACCCCUCAUCGCCUGGAUGCUAACAGCUGGCAGGACACCACCAACCCGCCCUCGGUUACCUCCCCUCCUGGUCCACCUGGCAGCGUCCACUCUGACACUUCCAACUGAUCUGGUGGCUUUACCUGCCUUCUCUUUAUUCCCACUGUGGUCUGCUGUUAAAAAUCAUCUUGUGUUCCUAUUUUUCUUCUUCUUUUUGUUUUUAUUUUUUGUUUCAUUUCUCCCCUGUGAACAGGCCACAUGAAGUUGUAUACAUAUUUCAUUCACACUUGCUGUUCUGGACCACAGGACAGCUGUACAGUAGCUGGGAGGAAAUUCUCCUUUCACCUUCAUUCCAGUUCUCCGCUCUUUAAAAGUUAAAAAAAGGGGGGAAUGGAGCUCAGAGACAUAAAGAAAAACAUCCUUAUUGUCAAGGACUUUUGGGGGGGGGAAAUGAAAAAGAAAAAAAAAACACACAUCCAGCUGUGUAGAUGAUCAUGAUGUCUGUACAUUAUGUGUAUAUGCACGUUAACUUUACACAGUACUCCCACGGCUUGUUCAUGUGCUGUUUGACCUUUACACUCAACUCUUUGCUUUGGGAAACUGUGUGUAAUUGCCCGUAUCUGCUGAAGCCUUGGCAUCUGACAGCCAAACUGUGGUUACGGACCACCAGGGAGCUCUAGCUCACCUUGCUUGUACCAAAGUGCUGCCCCAGUGUUCCUCUGAGAUUACCCUCUGCCUACUCAACACAAGACACUGUUGCAUCAAUGUAUCCUUCUGUUAGGAUUUUAAGGUGAGCAACUGACAUUUUGCACAGAGGUGCACGCAACCGUCCCCAAAACGUACCGCUCACAACUUGUCGGCAGUUCCCGCUACGAGCCGACACAAACGAUGUGUCAAGCACAGAUGUUAGCAUCCUUACUAUGGGUUUGUACCCUUCCAGGAAGGUGAGGGGGAUCACUGCUCCGAACCAGGCAGGACGAGAGACGGUAGGGCUGGUGUGAAGAGAAUAGGAGAACAUCUUUGGUUGAGCAUAUGUAACCAAUAGCUCUUUCCACUGCUAACCCAUUGAGGGUGUUGGUAGAUGGCUUGUAGACUUUACUUCUUUCUUUCUGUCCACUAGUUUAUUUGAUUGUAGACUAUUAUCUAAUGCUGUUUCACCAAGAAUGCACCAGCCACCACCAAAAAUUAGCUCAAUACGACAUCUUUAUGACAAAACGAAGGGUGGAAAGAUCGCGAGGCAUCGAUGUAUUACUGGAACAAAUGUGACAUGAACUUAGAAAUGUGACUGUCUUCCAUGCAUGUAGGACUUCUAGGUGUUAUACUGUUUUUUCAUUUACGUUUUUAGCUUAAUUUGUAUUAACGAAAGAAAAGAAAAAAAUAAAUGAAAUAAAAGGUAAAACUAUUACAGUCAGACCAAAACCAAAAAAUAAAUAAAAGUACAUCACAUGUUGAUGUGUCUGUGUGGACGUGUAAAAGGUUCCUGGGAUUAUCUUAGUCGAACUGGCUGGUGCUCCUUCGAACUUUGUAAGCAUUAUGUAGACUGGGUGCUUCCACCAGCUAACGACACGCGAGGUGGGGUUCAACUGAGAUUUUUUUUCCCCCCAUCUUGGAAACUUAAGCUUGUGAGCCUGAGGCAACAUGUUAACAACCUGAUGUUGUACCAAAACCAAAUAUACAAAGUUCAGCAAUGUAAUAAUGCUACUUUUUUUAAACAUUGGUGCGCAGUCGCCUUUUACAUUAGAGGAGAGGAGGGAAUUCUGUUUGUACCUGUGUCUCUUUUGUGGUGUUGUCAUGCCUCAAGUUGGUUUCUUUAUUUUUUUUUUUGUUUUGUUUUUUGUUUUAAAUGGGGCUUCAUAAAUGAUGGGUGGAGUGAACACUCAUCACACCUGUGAUUUGAUUGUGAGCAUAAAAGAAAUGCUCUGCCCUUUCUUUGUCCUUUAAUAUCUGGUAAAAAAAAAAAAAA